GCUAGAGAGAGGUUAACGCGUAAACACUUGAUGACUUUGUUUCAACAAAAAAAGACACUUGAUCACUAGAAAGAACUCUAGAGACUAGAGAUCUGUAGUAAAACAUUUUCGAGAGAGAAAGCUGGUAAAAUUAAUCGGAAGGGAGCUUCAACAGUUAAUAAAGUCAUUAGCUUAUGUAUGUGAUCUUAUCCCCUACCUCUGCGUCCAUUUCCUAAUCAAAUCCGAAACAAAAUUCCAUCGCUACUAAACCGGGUUAAUUAAGGUCGAUCUCCCAUGUUGUAGUUGGAGAAGUGUGGUAUCAGGUCACUUGAGUAGCAUACAAAAUGGGGAAAAAAAAACAGUAUCAACAAAAAAACUAUUAACUGAAUUGAUCCAUAUAUCGAGCGGUCCAUAUAUAUUAUAAAACUAAAUUUAGUCAACAUGCAAAGGAUAUAAAAUGGUGGAAUAUAAUUAAGUAUUCAUCCACAUUUUGCUAAAAUAGAACACUGUUUUAUUUUACAUAAAAGGGACUAAUCAUUUUACCCAUUCUAGUACUAAAAUAAAUAUAAAGAAAAUAUAUACUAUGAUAAAAAUCCAUGUUUACCAAUUUUAGAAUCUUAAGAUAAAAAUUUCAACAUUGAGUAUUUCAAGAAAAACUCUCUUUACAUAGAAAUUAAAAAUUAUCAACUAAUAGAUAUUUCUUUAACAUAAGAAAAUAUUUUGGUCCCAAUAAUAUUAAUUUAUACAAGUUUUACUCUAUAUUUCGCAUAAGCACACACACAAUUAAUUUCCAUUAAAUGAUUUACAUCGCAUGUGGUGAUGAUGUGGAUAGGUGAAUCAUCCGCAUUUGUUUACUAUAAUAAUAUCAACAUUGAAAUUCUAAUAAAAAUCUAAGAUUCUACUGAACUUUUUCUUUCCUCUAGAGAUUUCCUGAUGAAGAAAAAACCACCAAAGUCAUUAUCAAAUUCGACCGUCCAUUCGAAGACGUACACGUCUUUGUAGUCAACACCAUUCACCUAACCUUCCUAGAAAACCACGUAACAUUGCAUGUGCCUAAUUUCUCUUAAGCAACCCCAAUCAAUAUAUAGAUGAUGACUCUUGUAAAUUUUCUCAUUAUAUCAUUCCUCUUUAAAUUUCCCCACUUCCUCUCUCGACACAUUUCUCUCUCUCUCUCUCUUUCUCUAUAAAAAAAAACCUUUAGAAUCUUGCUUUUAGCGGAGAAACACUGCAUGCAGACAAUGGGGAAUACGAAUUCGAUGUUUGGACUAAAAAGGUUUUCAAAAAACAAGCAAACUCCGAUUGGUUCGUUUGCCAACAACUCAUCUCACGAUGGUAUUAAAACAAUUGAAGCUGUCAAGAGUUGCAGUUUUUCUAGGAAAGCAGAUCUUUGCAUCCGUAUCAUCACAUGGAACAUGAAUGGAAAGGUGUCAUAUGAGGAUUUGGUUGAGCUUCUUGGCGAAGACAGGAAGUUCGAUUUGCUUGUCGUUGGCUUACAAGAGGCUCCCAAAGAAAAUGUUGCUCAAUUUUUGGAGACGGCUACAUCUCCAACUCACGUGCUUCUAGGGACGGCAAAAUUGCAAUCGAUCCAUCUAUAUUUGUUUGGGCCAAAGAAUUCACACGCAUUAGUAAAAGAAUUAAAGGCGGAGAGACAUUCAGUAGGUGGAUGUGGAGGUUUCAUUGGAAGAAAAAAAGGAGCCGUGGCUAUUCGUAUUAACUACGAUGACAUCAAAAUGGUUUUCAUCUCUUGCCAUCUCUCUGCUCAUGCAAAGAAAGUGGAUCAAAGAAAUACAGAGUUGAAACACAUAGCAAAUUCGCUAUUAUCAAGAGACAAAAGGACACGUGAUCUUACUGUUUGGCUUGGAGAUCUCAAUUACAGGAUCCAAGAUGCCUCUAACCGUCCUGUUCGAUCUCUUAUCCACAACCACCUUCAAUCUGUUCUUGUGAGUAAAGAUCAACUCUUGCAAGAAGCUGAGAGAGGUGAAAUAUUCAAGGGUUACUCUGAAGGAACUUUAGGGUUUAAACCAACUUACAAAUACAAUGUAGGAAGCAACGACUAUGAUACAAGCCAUAAGGUCAGGGUUCCAGCUUGGACAGAUAGGAUCUUAUUCAAGAUCCAAGAUACUGACAAUAUCCAAGCAACUCUUCACUCUUAUGAUUCCAUAGACCAAAUAUAUGGUUCCGAUCAUAAACCUGUAAAAGCGGAUCUUUGCUUGAAGUGGGUCAACAAUUAGUUAAUAGAUGCAUACAGUUUAUGAAGGAUUUAAUUAGAAGAUAUGCAAUAAUGCAUUAUUGCUGUUAUGAGAGUAAAUAGUUGGAAACAUUUUUAAUUUUUUUUGUUAGUUAUUAUAUUAAUGUUUUUAAAGUUAAAAGUUGCAAGUUCACAACUCUAUAAAGUUCCAAUUGUGAAAGUCUUGAAUAUGUGUCACACAAGUUUCUUAAAGUUUGCUUUCAUGAGUGGCAGAUAGUUUACU